AUGGCCCCACAUACACGUGCGAGGACCGAACUCGAUGGAACCUCUCCCUUAACCUCUGGGCUGAAUGUACCAGCUACCCCAGUCAGUAUGAACCCUCCUGUCUCUCCUGCGACCCCACAAGGGGGCACGACCAACACAACAGCUCCAACUCACCAUGUUCCGUACGGGUAUUACCCUACUCACACCUCAUCCGCAGUUUCCAUCACAGCGUGUCGACUUUCAAAGACCGACCUCGAUAAAAUCGAGCUGCUGGACAGGGUAAAGAACAACUGGACGAGCUGGUCCGAGCUCAUGUUGGAAAUUUUCCACAUGAAUCUCCUCGAGGGCUACACCACGGGAACAGUCGCUCGCCCAGACGCGGCACGCGAGCCCGUAGCAGCAAGGAACUGGGACCUUAACAAUGCUGGCAUCAUUGCCGCGCUGCGCAAUCGUGUCUCGCCUGACGACAAACGUGUGCUCGAUGGUAUCACAAAUGCUCGCGUCGCCUGGAACGCCUUGCGGUCACGUCAUCAGAAACUUGGCCCUAUCGCACAAAUUUUGAAAAUCCAAGAACUCCUCAACGUGCGGUACUCCAGGGACACGAACCUCGCGGAGACCAGUCAUCGUCUCACUGAGGGCAUACGCGCCAUCUUUGACAUGGGUAUACCAACCCAGCAGGUGUUCCUUUCCAUUAUCAUGCUAAACGCCCUCACUGGAGACAUGUCACACGUUCGUGACCACGUUGCGAGCUCCCUCGCUGCCAGCACAUCGUCCAACCCCUUCACACCCGACGAUAUUCGCGUCCGCUUGGACAUGGAGCAACAACUUAUCGACGCUGAUAAGCACCGCGCUUCCACAGACGUCGCCCUCAUCGCACAGGGGGGCAGGACAAAGAACUGCCUCACUUGCAGGGGGCCUCCCCACAAGGGCAACUGCUGUUCCCACUGUUCCAAACGUGGACACGUCCUCAGCGAGUGUUUCGCCGAAGGAGGAGCUGCGUACGGUCGCCGUGACGAAAUCUUAGCCGCUAAGCGUGCUGCACGCGACAAGCGUGAUGCCCCCAACAGUAAACCACCCAGUUCUUCCUCUAAACCCACCUCCAAUCGUCGUACAGACUCAUCUGGACGCGCCUACCUCCUGGAUAGCGUCACCGGUGAGGCGUUCUAUAUUGCCACGCCCACCCAGCCACCUGCACCUCCCUCAGAAGAGUUCGCGGGUCUAGCCCACGACGUUAUCACCCCCGCGUUCAUCCAAGACCUUUCGGAGGCUGAUAUGGCUGAAUGGGACGCCUUAUUCCUGGACUGGGAGAACCUCCAAACAACGGUCGACUGGAACACUAACAGUCGCGACGUUGAGUUCGCUGGCAUCGCCAAUGACGCCUUACAUCAACCGAAGUACACCCCCGUCAACCUCGAGACGACCCCCUUCUAUCUUGAUAGCGGGGCGUCUGUCCAUAUAUCACACGAGGUCUCUGACUUCUUCGAACUCAACCACCUUCCACCUCGCCCCGUUCGAGGCAUAGGAGGCUCUCACAUCAACGCUGUGGGUAUCGGGUCCAUCAGACUUCGCAUCGGACGCGGACUGCACAUCACUCUCCACAACGUACUGUUCGUCCCAUCCGCGGCAGUACGCCUCGUGUCAGUCUCCAGUCUUUGCAGCGCGGGGCACUAUACUGCUCGUUUCGAUGCCUCGUCCUGCUCGGUGGUCACCACCAGCGGAGCACGCGUCCUCACAGGUACACUCACCUCCCGUCGUCUGUAUCGCGUCUCUGGGUGA